CCCAGCUGCUGCUCCUUCGAGGACUACAAACUGACCACUGAAUGGCUCCUGAACCAGACGAGUCACCGUCCAAAGGUGGCAGUGAUCUGCGGUUCAGGACUCGGUCUCCUCGCUGACGGAGCUGCCAACAAACAAAUCUUCAGAUACCAGGACAUCCCCAACUUCCCUGUCAGCACAGUCCAGGGACAUGAGGGCUGCCUGGUGUUUGGAACCAUCGAGGACACUCCCUGUGUCUUCAUGCAGGGUCACUUCCACCUGUACGAAGGUUACUCCCUUUGCCAGGUGACCUUCCCUGUGAGGAUCUUUAAGCUGAUGGGGGUGGAGACUGUGCUGGUGACGAAUGCCUCAGGAGGAAUCUGUCCAGACUUUAAGGUCGGUGACAUCAUGAUUAUCAAGGACCACAUCAACCUACCGGGAUUCGCCGGACAACACCCGCUGUGUGGACCCAAUGACGAGCGGUGA